UUAUCACCAGCCACGAUGCCGGUCCUAAGAUCCCUUGAAAUCCCUGCGGUGCCACCUAAGCCCCGGAAAGCUCGGAACAACGUCGAGCCACCCGCAACCCCCACUCAAGGCCGUGAACAACCCUCCACUCGUCUUUCAUCUCCGCAUUUGCUCAUUCCCUCCCCUAAAACCGCCGGUUCCGUCUCUUGUUCCGCACCCUCCUCACUCCGGUGGAGUCUUCGUCUUUCUUCGAAAGGUUCCUCAAAUGCCGAUGAUCAGUUUGGUCUUCCCUCGGUGGAGAAAAGUGUCGGAAGUCGAUACGGGGACGUUUCGAAGAAGCGGAAGUUGAGUGUGGAUGUUGAUGGUGAUUUUGAGAGCGGGGUGUUGAGUUUGCGUUCGGGGAAAAAGGUUACCGAGAGGAGUCCACUGGGAGACUGCGACGUCAACGGCGGCGGCGAUGAAGUGGUUGAAAGUGACAAGAAAGGUAAAAGCAUAGCAGAGAGUGAGAAUAUUGAGGAAUCGGAAAGGAACAGAAAAAGGAUAUUUAGUAGCGAAGAGAAAGGAAAGGGGAAAUUUGUUGCUGAAACUGAUUUGGAAUCUAAAGAUGAGAAUUUAGUCGAUGUUUCAGUUUCCGACGUUGAACUUCCCGCGGAGGAAGUGAAAUCGCCAGAUGAAAACCCGAAUAAAAGGAGCAAUAGAAGAACAAAUGGGGGGAUAAUGGAGCGGUUUCGAGAUACGGCUAGGCGAAAUGCUUCUCGAUUUGCGCAUUUCAACAUCCGUGAAGAGGAAGAAGAAGGUGAUAACAAUUUAUCAAUGGAAGCUGAAAGGGAAAUUCCGUCGGCAGAACAGAUUGAAGAAAAGGUUGUUGAAGAUUGGCCUGGUCCUUUCUCUACUGCCAUGAAGAUUAUUAGGGAUAAAGCAGCAAAUUUGAACGUUCAACGGGGGAGUUCUUCCACGGACCAGGUACCGUCCGUGCAAAUCAAAUGGGUUCCUCAAAAGGGUAAAGGAAAAGACGGGUUAAAGCGGUUGCCUCCAUCGUUGCUCGAUUUGAGCCUAAGGGUUCUUGCCGAUAAUGCAGAUGCAAUCGCUUCCCUUGAUCAUGUCCCAGAUGCCAUGAGACACAAGCUCUCUCAAAUGCUCUGUGACUCGAGACAAAUGAAUAGUAACAUUCUGGAUCUCCUCCUUAGCGGAUCCGCUAAUGAAAUUCGCUUGAGGGAAUGCUCAUGGUUAACUGAGGAUCACUUUACUGUAUCUUUUGAAAAGUGUGACACUUCUAACUUGACGGUUAUCCAACUUGAUUACUGUGGUCAGUGCUUGGCGGAUUAUAUUAUACCUUCUACCUUAGCUCGAUCACUAAACAGCUUGCCUGCAUUAACUACAUUGUAAUUGAGCGGUGCAUAUCGCCUUUCAGAUGCUGGGUUAAGUGUUCUUGUUUCUUCUGCGCCUGCAGUAAGAUCUGUAAACCUCAGCCAGUGUUCAUUUCUUACCCAUGGUGCUAUCGAGAUUUUAGCUUCCUCCUUGGCAUCGGUUCUACUAGAACUAUUUAUCAACGAUUGCCAAAGUAUUGAUGCCAUGCUGAUGCUUCCAUCAUUGAAAAAGCUGGAGCAUUUGGAAGUCUUUUCAGUAGAAGGAUUGGAAUCUGUUACGGAUAAAUUUAUCAAGGAAUUUAUUGCUGCAAGUGGUGAUGGUAUCAGGGAACUGAUUCUGUCGGGUUGUAGGAAAUUAACUGAUUCUUCCUUGAAAAUCAUUGCGGAAACUUGUUCAUGUUUACGAGUACUUGACAUCGGUAUUGUACCCAAACUGAAAGACAAAUACUUGGCCAGUGGUUGUCGAUCAUUCGUUGAAACUCCGCUGCAACACUUUCAGUGAUGAUGCCAUAGCUGCAUUUCUUGAAAUGUCUGGGGAGGCUUUGAAAGAGCUGGCACUGAACAAUGUUGGGAAGGUCGGUCAUAAUACAGCCUUGUCACUCUCAAGACGCUCAAGAAAUUUGGUUAGUUUGGAUCUAUCGUGGUGCCGAAAUCUGACUGACGAAGCUAUGGGCUUGAUCGUAGAUAGGUGUUUAUCGCUGAGGGUGCUUAAACUUUUUGGAUGCACUCAGAUUACAGACGUCUUUCUAUAUGGUCACUCUAAUGCCAAUGUAGAAAUCAUUGGUUUGAAGUUGUCUUCACUUUUGGAACACAUAUAAGCUUGCACUACUCUUCUGUGUCAUCUUCAAUAUGAUUCGAGUGUCGAUGACCAGCCAUAGCCAUACCAAAGUUUACUUGUGAAGUACUGAAGUUUGAUUUCUAAAGAACAUGGACAUUUUGUGUCAUCCUGUGAUGCUCUUUUUGCCAACUACCUAACCAGUUCAAUCAUUAACGGCUUUGUAAGCGUGGGAUGAGAUCCCAUAGCUUAAAUUGUAAUACCAAAUAAAUUGAUGUUUUCGUACAAUUCCAUGAAUGAAAUUCAUGU